CCUUUCGCCUCCCGACAAACUUGGAUCCUGCAUCACCAACUUUGCACCGACCAUAUCAACGACAACUCGUCGAAUUCACUCCGAUCCUAAUUCACAGACUACACUACUGCAGCUACUCCCUCGACUCCUUUCCGUCGGAUCAAGCGCAGCUCUCCUCUGUCAAUUCUCGGCACAUAUCCCGUUCGCACACUCACCCACAUACUCAUAUAUUCACAAUGUUCUCUCGAGGACUUCGCGCUGUCUCGCGGCGGGCUGCUUUCGCUGCUCCCCUCGUCCGCCCUGCCCUUCCUGCGCGACAGCUCGCUCCCGCCGUCGCCGUCAACGCCUCUCGCUCCUACCAUGAGAAGGUGCUCGACCACUACUCGCGACCCCGAAAUGUCGGAUCCAUGAACAAGAAGGAUCUUGAUGUCGGCACUGGCCUCGUCGGCGCCCCCGCCUGCGGCGAUGUCAUGAAGCUUCAGAUCCGUGUCGACCCCGAGACCCAGAAGAUCUCGGACGUCAAGUUCAAGACCUUCGGCUGCGGUUCGGCUAUCGCUUCCAGCUCCUACCUCACUGAGCUCGUCCGUGGCAUGAGCCUGGAUGAGGCUGGCAAGGUCAAGAACACUGAGAUUGCCAAGGAGCUCUGCUUACCCCCCGUCAAGCUCCACUGCUCUAUGUUGGCUGAGGAUGCCAUCAAGUCUGCCAUCUCAGACUACUACACCAAGAACCCCAACGCCAAGAUCAGCAACCUCAGCGGCACCGGCAUGAAGAUGCCCACUGCCGAGCCUGCCGCCGCCACCGCCUAAGCGUACAUGCGCGCACAUACGACCCAACAUAUAUCACAUGUCGCCGUCGUCGCUACGAUUGGGAACUACUGGAAUGAUACCCUCACUGAGGCUGGAUGAAAAAAAAGUAGCAUGAGACUACACAUAGGAGAGGGAACUCGCCGGCCAGGCGAAUAGUGCACAUCGGCUGCAUCAGAUGGAGGCCCCCAUCUCAUCUCUCCUUCUUUUUCUCGCGCACACUUGGGAACUUUUACUUUGGGAGUCAGGGGUUCAAAUGUUUACUUUUGCUUGAAUCACACAAGGAGUGAUCGGCUCUACAGGGGAACCGGGGGGAACGGUUGAGACGAAUGCAUUUUACGGGGACAGCGUGCAGUUGAGAGGGGGAAAUGAGAGAAGUUGUUGUGAACCAACUGUAACUAUUAGCCACGGGAGCAUGAAAUGUCAAAUGUUUCAACAACGCAA